AUGACUGCUGAAAAAGGAGAAGCAAUCAAAGAAAAAGGCAAUAAACAUUUUUUACAAAGAAAAUAUAAUGAUGCUAUUCAUUGUUAUAAUCAAGCAUUAAAACAAAAUGGUGAAAAAGCAAUUUAUUAUGUUAAUCGAGCAUUAUGUUAUAUAAAAUUAAAACAGUGGGAUAAAGUUUAUCAAGAUGCUCGUCAUUGUCUUGAUCUUGAUCCAAAUUACAUUAAAGCUCAUGCAUAUUUAGGUCAAUAUUAUAUUGAACAACAACGAUAUGAUGAGGCAAUAACAUGUUUUAAACAAGCACUUGAAUUAAGCAAAAUUCAAAAUAAAAAUUUCGGUGAUGAAAUUCAACGAUUAUUACGUUAUGCACAAAAACGUCGUUUUUCUCUUAUGGAACAAAAACGUAUUGAAAAUGAAAUAAGUUUACAAACAUAUCUUCGUUCAUUAAUACAAUCUGAUAAAGAACGACGUAUGCAAUUAAAUAUUGAAAAAUAUUUAGAAGAAAAAGAUUCAACACAAUCAUCAACAAAUAGUCUUUCGAUUUUAAAAUAUUAUUUAUCAAAAAUGACAAAUCAUCAUAAUCAACAAACAACAACAAAUUUGAGUUCAUUUGUUUCUGUUAGUCCAAAAAUAACAACAACAAAUAAUAGUGAAACAAAUAUUGUUAUUGAUCAACAACUUGAACAAGCAUUACAUGAAAUAGAACAAUCAACAGAUCAAUCAUUAAAUGAAAUGAAUAAUUUAUUUAAUGAAGUUGAUAUAAGAAGAAAACGACGUGAAAUACCUGAAUAUUUAACAUGUAAACUUUGCUAUGAUCUUAUGAGAGAUCCAGUUAUUACACCAUUUGGUAUUACUUAUUGCCGAUCAUGUAUUGAAGAAAAUCUCUAUAAAGUUAGUCAUCUUGAUCCAAUUGCUAAUAAACCACUUGUCGUCGAACAACUUGUUAAUAAUCUUGUACUUAAAGAAAUAGUUGAAAAAUUUAUUAAAGAAAAUGAAUGGGUUAAUUCCGAAUGUUUUUAG